AUGUCCAAGACUGGACCGCACAGCAAGUCGACGACGCCAAAGCAUCCAUACCUCGCCGGCAACUUUGCGCCCAUCACAACAACAUGUCCUCCCACGCCCGUCUCAUGGACUGGCCGAAUCCCAGAAGAGCUGCUGGGCGGCAUGUACGUCCGCAACGGCGGCAAUCCCGUGACCAAUUCCGACUUGGGACGUGAGGCGCAUUGGUUUGACGGCGAUGGCAUGCUCUCGGGAGUAUGGUUCAGCCGCUCUCUCACCGACCCUACGAAACCCAUUGUCAACUUUGUGAACCAGUUCAUUCUCACCGACGUGUACCGUACUGCCGUCGAAAACCCGACACUUCGCACGCCUAUUCUGCCUAGCAUUGCGACACUUGUUAAUCCAGCAUCCAGCUUGCUGCUCAUUCUAUGGCGCAUCAUGCGUACUGUUCUGCUUGUCUUCUGGACGCACAUCUUAGGUUCUGCACGUGCUGUCAAACGAAUCAGCGUGGCCAACACCAGCAUAUUAUAUCACGAUGGACGUGCACUAGCAACAUGCGAGAGUGGGCCGCCGAUGCGCAUCGCGUUGCCAAGCCUUGAGACGGUAGGCUGGUUUGAUGGAAAUCGUGCCGAAGGAGAAGCUGCACCUGGCGAUCGAGACUCCCAUGCCGAUGAAAAGCGUGAAGCUUUUGGUGGAACGGGCUUGCUGAGCUGGAUGAAGGAGUGGACAACGGGUCAUCCCAAGGUUGACAGGGAGACCAACGAGAUGGUUCUCUUCCACUGCAACUUUGUUGCACCCUAUGUCCACUAUUCUUGUCUCCCAGCUGAAAACUCGGUCGCGAAGAGAACUAGCUCGGAAGGAAGCAGAAUCAUUAAUGCACCAGUCCCUGGAUGCACUGGCGGACGACUCAUGCACGACUUUGGCGUAUCCCGACAUAAUACUGUUAUACUCGACUUGCCACUCUCCCUUACUCCUUUGAACUUGGCAAAAAACAAGCCCAUAGUCUUCUACGAGCCCGAGAAACCCGCUAGGUUCGGUAUCUUUCCCCGACAUCAUCCCGACUCAGUACGUUGGUUCGAGACGGACGGUUGCUUGAUUCUUCACACAGCCAACACUUGGGAUGAGUACAAUAGCGCCGGUGGUAUCUCUGCUGUCAGCAUGUUAGCCUGCCGGUUGACGUCUGCAUCCUUGGUCUUUAGUGCUGGCAACAUCGAGCCUCCCCCACAUCCGAAUCACAAGGAGAUAGUGCGCAGUAAACCCAUGUCCUUCUUCGCCAAGUACGAUGAUGAAGAACAGGUUCAAGAUCCUGAGAAGCCCUUCCUAGACGACACGUCGCCUUUGCUGGGACAACACAAUGAGCCAGAGUCAUCAAGGGCGCCUCAUAACAUCCCCAUCUCAUAUGACGAAGAAGAACAAUGUCGAUUGUAUUACUACCGGUUCUCACUCGCUCCAGGCUCGUCUAACACCAUCACUCAUGAGUUUGCAUUAGCAGCCAUUCCUUUCGAAUUUCCCACCAUACAUCCUGCCACGGAAAUGUCGCGCGCACGAUACAUUUAUGGAUGUAGCACUUCAGAUGAAUCGUUCGGUGCGGCAUUAGGCAAGGCGACCAAAAUCGAUAUACUUGUUAGGGUAGAUGCACAGACUCUACUCAGACGCGCCCAGCAAUCACCUCCACAGGCUGUCAACGGUUGUGUUGACAACCGCUCAAUUGAUGAGAUACUCGCGUCAAACGACCACAACGAUCCCAUAAAAGCAUUCCGACUUCCGCCGAAUCACUUUGGCCAAGAAGCUAGAUUUGUGCCUCGUAAGAUGAAGGAGGCUGAAGCUGAUGAUGGCGCUGGCGCCACCGAACAAGAAGGUUAUUUACUCUUCUAUGUCUUCAAUGAAGACCAGCUAGACGAAAACGGAGAAUGCAAAGCAGAUGCGGAGAGCGAGUUGUGGGUUUUGGAUGCAAGCGACAUGCAGACUGUCAUUUGCAAGAUUCAACUUGGGACUAGGAUACCUUACGGCCUACACGGAAACUGGUUCACUGAGGAAGAUAUCGCUCAUCAGCGAGAAGUCGCAACAGUGAGAUCUGAGUCGGAUGUUCAGUCCGAGACGGGAUCGAGCAAUUUGCGGAAAUCUCUCAUUAGUUAUUUGGGCUAG